UUGGCACGAGUUUGAGUUCAUCGGCUCAUCUGAAAACUUUGUAAACAAAUAAAAACCAACUACAGUAGCUACAUUCACACCUGAUUUUUAUAUUCAAAUUAAACAAUUAUUUUGUAACUUGUCACCUCAAGCGUAAUAUGUAAUCGCCAUAAUCCUAUACAUCAUUCGCACGAUUCAUUCGACAUGACGAGCCAGCAGGUCUGCCUCUUGUGUUUACGCCUUGUCGCCGACACGGCAGUAAAAUCCCCCCAGGAAAUCAAAAUCAGAUGGUUCUGAUUCAGAACCAUCUGCAAAUUAAUAACAACGUGUCAUAAAAAUUACCAAUUUUCUCAGCAUGGAUGCCCGGCUGAGAACUAACUUUUCAGAACUUCAAGCUUUGUAAAUACCACAAAUCGUGCAACUACAUUUCCAGUGGAAAUUUUCCACCAGAUUUGUUACUUUAAAUUUAACUGAAUACAAUUAAUUUGUCUUCUUAAGAUUCUUGGCGAUAAAUUUCUCACAGUAUUAGAUACACGGACACGAUUAAGACUAAAUCGACAUGUCCACCAGUCAACUCUGCCUGCUGUGCUUACAAAUUAUCGACAAGGCAGCGAAACCCACAAGAAAAAUCAGAAUCAAAACCGUCUGCAAAUUGAUGACACCGUGCCAUCAUAAUUCCAACUCUACUCAUGAUUUUCCACCUGAAUUUGAAGAUGACGACAUAUGUGAAGUUUGCGAUGGUUGCUAUCCCGUCUUCAGCACAAUGGAAGAAAUUAGGAGCCAAAUCUCACUCCUGGAGGAAGAAAUUGUGUCGAAAGUAAGGGAAAUUCAGGCCACAAUUUUGCACGCGUCUUCCUCUCACUUACAAAAUAAUAGAAACGGGAAAAUUAUACAGAUUCGUAACAUACUUCUAAAACUGACAGGUGAGAAUGAGCAACAUGACGAGGCCCAAGUCAAGUUGGAACACAUUUUCUCAGGAGAAAGUGGUACCGAACGUGACACAAAUUUCGUACCAAAUGAGGAUGAUGUCAAAGAGGAAGAAGAUGAAAUUGAUCCCCUCGCCGAUCUGGGCGAUCAAUUACUCUACGACGACAUUAAUUCUUUCUGCGAGGCAAGCAUUGAAAAAACAGAGGAGGAAGAUUUCAUUGAAGAUGAAGACGAAGAAUCUGCUUUUUGUAUUAUUCCUUGGCCUCAAACCAGCUCGACAAAACGCGAAGAAAAUCCCAAAUGUUCUAGUCCUACAAAACGAAGAAUAGAAGGUUCUCCUUUACCAAAAACAAAUUCGAAAAAGACUAAACUACAGCGAGGAGCAGAAGAAGCGUCGGCGCCGCGAAUCUCACCCACAAACAAACAAACCGCUCCACCCAUACAUUUCAAUAGUCUUGUGCAGGUCCGUGUCAUUAAAAGGUCCAAUCUAAUAUCAAAAUCGGAAUCAUCAGUAGAAGACGACGAUGCAAAACCUGGACCUGGCAGCAAUGAUAAGGAUUUGGCUUCCAAAAUUGAGUUCGUCGACACUUCUGACGAUAUCCGGCCCCGUUUCCACAAAUGCACCCAAUGUGCAAAAUCCUUCCCCACAAAACAAGCCCUUAAUCGCCACACCCCCAAGUGCCGCAUUACUCUCUGCAUCUUUCCCUUAUGCACCGCCACUUUUUACAGCAAAGGAGACAGGGACGCCCACAUGCUGACUGACCACGAAGGUCGCGCAUAUCAAUGUAGAAUUUGCAAAACCAAGUUCCGUGGACUAAAGGGCCUCGCUGCUCACUUGGUGAUGCGGCAUGAAGACGGGGAGAAGAAAUUGUCCUGCGUUAAGUGCGAGAAGAAAUUCUGCCUCGAGGAAAACUUGGCGAGACAUUUGAAACUGCAUGAAGUCGAGGAGAUUAAGCCGCUCGUUUGUGACCUGUGCGAUGACCGAUGUGAAAACGAAGAGCUCCUUAAGAAACACAUGGCCAUGACAACGCAUACUAAACGAUUCGAGUGUACUCAAUGUCCACAGAAGUGCAGGAAUAGGGUGGCUCUGGAAAGACACUUGAACACACACACGAAGGAAAAACCUGACAAAUGUCCUCACUGUGACCACACCGCGGCCGAUAAGUAUAACCUGCAAGACCACAUCGCACGCGCCCAUCCUUCCGGGCCUCCCACCCAUAUUUGCCACAUUUGUGGGAAAGGGUUUUAUGUUCAUGCCGACCUCAAGACGCACCUCAGCCGUCACGAUGGCAAGUUUGGAAGGAAAUGCGGUACUUGUGGGGAAACAUUUGCAUCAUGGAAUGACUUACAAUCUCACCUUGUCAAGGUGCAUGGAAAGGACCCGUUCGUUUGUGAUGAAUGCGGAGCUUCUUUUACAACACGGGGAGGAUUAAACCACCACAAGAAAAUCCAUGCGGGUGAAAAGAAGCACAAAUGCGAGACUUGUGGCGCGUGUUUUUUCGGCCUCUCGUAUCUCAACGUUCACAUGAGAACUCACACGGGCGAGCGACCUUUCCCCUGCCCCCAGUGCGAUAAGGCCUUCAAGUCAAGGACACAUCUAAAUAAUCAUGUGAAGGUCAUCCACACUCCGGGCUACGUCGCCCCCACCCCGCACAAAUGUCCCCACUGCGACAAAGGAUGUACCACUCCUUUCUUCCUGAGAUGUCACAUUCGCCAAGCGCACACGGGAGAGCGGCCCUUCAUCUGCGACCAGUGCGCAAAAGGGUUCGCCGUCAAGUCGGCGCUAACUCUGCAUUUGAAAACGGCCCAUGGCGUCGUUCCGGAGAAGAAGAACAGGUUGCCAAGAUCAAAAAAGGAUGUGUUUCAUGCAGAAGAAGACAGUGAUUAAAGUAAAGUUUCUAAUUUGUAUUGUUAAUUUCAAUUUUUUUCACUUUGGAUAGUUUGUGUUAAAGAAUUACUAGGAUCUUUAAAGUGAUAUCAGAGUACAAAUUAAAUUAUAAGAGUGAGUCCCUUAAAAUAUGCACACACAUAUUAAUAUGUUUGUGUUAGAUAAUAUCUAAUAACUGAUACAACUUAAUGAUAAUACUUUAAAUUAGUUGAUUCACAUGUUAAAUAUAAUGUAUGAUUGCAGAUUAUAGGAAAAUUAUAUUAUAUUAUAAUAUAAAUGAUUAAUUGAAGGAAUUAUUUAAUUCACUAUAGUGCUCGUAGUCGUAGAGUAAAGUUUUGCAUGAAAAGAUGAAACUCACAUUGACGAUGUCAGCAUGGAUUGUGCUAAUUGCAAAAAGUAUGUACAUAGUCGAUUUGAAAGUGGGGUAGCGGUCCAGACAUCCUAUCCGGCCUUGUUUAAUGUCACAAGGUGUUCACCAGGGGAGUGGGUAAAAAACAUCCAAAAUUGCUGACAUGCUUUAUGUACGGCCCCAGACGAGUUUCUCAUGAAACUUGACUUUGUUUCGUGAUGUAAAUAAUUUCGUUUUUGAGACGUGCACUCUCGUUUUUUGGCACGAGUUUGAGUCCGCUGACAAAUUUGUAAAUAAAAACAAACCUUGCAGCUGAA